GACUUUCGGGGGACUGGAGCGUUGUGGUGGAGGGCCAUGAGUUCCUGGUGUGGUCCAGCCUUUUGGCGGCCUGGUCCGAAACUUUUGCAGCCAUGGCCUCGCAUGACUGCCUGGAAAGGACGAGCCGAAGGCUGACUGUGAAAGACUUCUCGGCGUCAGCCGUCGACCUUGCAUUGCAGUUUAUUUACACAGGUGAGUGCGAUGCCGAAGACGAGCUUCUGGUGGAGGUGGCGGCUUUCGCCGACAAGUAUGGCAUCGUCCCGCUCCUGAAAGAGUGCAUCCAGCGCUGUGAGGCCGCGCUGACCGAAGAGAGU